CCUCCUACUACCGCCGCCGACAGUGCUGGGGACUUUUGAGGGAGUUGGGAGACUGGUUUUCGUGACGGAAAUCCAAGUCCAUCGGUGGAUUUAGACGGACUUGACAACGGUUUACUGAGGAAGAGAGCCGCUCUGAUAGAGCCAGGAUGUUGAAUAUGUGGAAAGUCAGAGAGUUGGUGGAUAAAGCCACCAAUGUCGUGAUGAACUACUCAGAGAUCGAGUCCAAGGUUCGAGAAGCCACCAACGAUGACCCCUGGGGCCCUUCGGGACAGCUGAUGGGGGAGAUCGCCAAGUCCACCUUCAUGUACGAGCAGUUCCCCGAGGUGAUGAACAUGCUGUGGUCACGCAUGCUGAAGGACAACAAGAAGAACUGGAGGAGAGUUUAUAAGUCCCUGCUGCUGCUGGCGUACCUCAUCAGGAACGGGUCGGAGCGAGUCGUCACCAGCGCCAGAGAACACAUCUACGACCUGCGCUCCAUCGAGAGCUAUCACUGUAUCGACGAGAACGGGAAGGACCAGGGCAUUAACGUGCGGCAGAAGGUGAAGGAGAUGGUGGAGUUCGUGCAGGACGACGACCGGCUGAGGGAGGAGAGGAAGAAGGCCAAGAAGAACAGGGACAAAUACAUCGGGGUGUCCUCCGACAGCAUGGGCGGGUUCAGAUACACGGGAGAGCGGUACGACUCGGACCCCAAGUCCAAGUGGGACGAGGACUGGGACCGGGGCAAGGGCGCCUUCCCCUUCAGCGAGAAGCUGGGCGAGAUCAGCGACAAGAUCGGCAGCACCAUCGACGACACCAUCAGCAAGUUCCGCAAGAAGGAGCGGGACGACUCGCCCGACAGGGGCAGCGACAACGAGGAGGACCGCGAGCGGGGCACCCGGAACGGCCGGCCGGCCAAGUCCGAGUUCCGGGACGAGGAGGAGACGGUGACGACCAAGAGCGUGCAGAUCGUGCAGGCCUCGGAAACCACGGCGACGCGCAAGCGGGGCGCCGUCCCGUCCCGAACCGUGGACCUGGGCGCGGCCGCACACUACACCGGGGACGGGCCCAGCCCCAGCUCCGGGGCCAGCGCGGCCCAGACGACGGAGGCGGGGGUCAGCCAGGGGUCCGGCGGCGGGGGUCUGGCUGACCUGCUGAUGGUGGACUCUGCGCCCAGUCAGCCAGCGCCCACAGGGGCAGGUCCAGACCUGAUUGGUGGAUUUGCAGAUUUCUCCUCUCCUGCAGCCUCUGCUACUUUGCCUUCAGGUACAGCAGCCGGUGAGACCGGCGAUUUCGGGGAGUGGAACGCGUUCCCCGACAGCGCGCCGGCCGCCCCCGCCGCGGCCCCCCCCCUCGCCCCCGCCGGGCCCGACCUCUUCGCCAGCAUGCAGACCACCGUCACCCAGACGACCUCCAUGCCCUCCGCUGACCUCCUGGACCUGAUGGGGCCCUCCCAGCCCACCCUCAGCUCCUCCCAAAGCUUGACCUUCUCUGCUCUCGGGGACCCCCUGAUGGCCCAGCAGGUGGGGGUACAGAAAUCGGGGGGGAAGGCCGCCCUGCCCUCCACGUGGUCGGACCCCAGCGUCAACAUCAGCCUGGACUUCCUGUCCCCGGGCAUGCAGCCCCCAAAACCCUCUCAGCCCACCCUCAGCAUGAUGCAGCAAGGUGUCCAGGUUCCUGUUACCAUGGUGGCCCAGAGCUUUGCAGGGAUGAACCUCAGUAUGCAGCCAACGGCGAACCCCGUCCGGCCGCCCUCCAAUCCCAUCAUGCCUGGCGGCGCCAUGACGAUGGGGAUGAUGCCCAACAUGGGAAUGGGCACGAUGGGCAUGGCGCCCAGCGCGGGCAUGCCAGCCAAUCAGGGAAUGAUGGGAUUGAACAUGAACAUGGGCAUGGGUACGACCGGGAUGGGCGUGGGGAUGCCUGGCAUGGGCAUGGGUGCGGGCAUCGCCUCUGGCAUGGCACAGCCCAAACAAGAUGCCUUUGCCAAUUUUGCCAACUUUGGCAAAUGAUGCAGGACACGGGGUGGGAUGGGGUGGGGUGGGGU